AUGGAAAUGGUCAAACUUAAGUCUUUGCAAGAUUAUUUAUCACUUAAAAAUAGAGUGAAUGACUCAGGGUUUCCAACGCUAGAUAAUCAAGAGUCAGAAAUUGCAACUCAAUUAGAUUUGAUUAUAAUACCUGGAAUGGCAUAUGAUAAUGACGGAACUAGACUUAGUUACAACAAAGAAGAGCCUUAUAAUGAAUAUUUGGCGAAAUGUGAAGAAUGGAAAAGCCCACCAAAAAUUAUGGCCUUUGCUUUAGAAGUUCAAAUAUUAAGAGAUGAAAAUGUCCCAGUAACUGAUCGAAGGCCUCAUAUAAUUUUAUCACCAUCACAAGAUAUUUGGGUUAAUAAUAAUUAA